CAAACGGUUCUGUUUAUCUGCUGUGACUGAAAGGGUUUUUAUUCUGCCUCUUCUCUUUGAAUGUUCCUUUUAUGAUGAUUAUUUAUGUUUUGAUUUGUUGUGUUGUGAUUUUAAUGUCUGUCUUAUUCUGUAAAGCUCUUUGAAUGACCUUGUGCAUGAACUGUGCUGUACAAAUACGUCCUUAACCUGUUACUUCUCUUAUAAUGUCCCAGGUGCAUCUGUGGCCUCCUGAAGAAGAAGCUUCAGAUCCUGGUCACUCACCAGCUCCACUAUCUGAAGGCAGCUGAUCAGAUCGUCGUCCUUAAAGAGGGUCACAUGGUCGCUAAAGGGACGUACACAGACCUCCAGCACUCGGGGCUGGACUUCACGUCUCUGCUGCAGAUGGAGGAGGAGGAGUCUCACACACCGGCCCCAGAGACACAGAUCAGAACCAGAACCCUGUCCCAGAAUUCAGUGCUGUCUCAGGCCCCGUCCGUGCACUCGGCCAAAGAUGGAGACCAGCUCCCGGCGGAGGCGGUGCAGACUGUGGUGGAGACACGAGCUCAGGGCACCAUCAGCGUCGGCCUCUAUGUGAAGUACCUCAGAGCUGGAGCCAACUGCCUGGUCGUGUUCCUCAUGCUGUUCAUCAACCUGCUCAGGACCUGGAGCUGCUCCCUGAUGAGACUUGACGUUAAUUGGUGACAGAGGUGCCACUCUGAGCGGAGGGCAGAAGGCACGGGUCAACCUGGCCAGAGCCGCGUCUCAGGACGCAGACGUUUACCUCCUGGACGACCCUUUAAGUGCCGUCGACGCUGAGGUUGGAAAGUGUCUGAUCAGUGAGUGACCCUAAUAUAAUGCUAAUGAUGCUAACGCUCGCCCGUUAUAUCCGAGGUUUACUCAAGAACAAGAGCCACAUCCUGGUCACUCAGCAGCUGCAGUAUCUGAAAAGAGCCGACCACAUCAUCGUUCUGAAGGUUUGUGCUUUUAGUUUCAUUUGUCUUUACUUCUUCUGAAUGUGUCCACACAGCAACACGUUUGACUCUACAUGAUCCUGGGGUUUUUAUUUCACUGUUGUCUGUAAAUCGAGAUGUGAACAUUAAUAACAGACAAAUCAGGCGUCUUUUAUCCGUAGCGUUAGCGACAGGUUUGAUUGACAGCGUUGCUAAGCGUCACACUCACUCAUUCACUUCUUUAAAGUCUAUGAUUUUAAAAUAAUAACUGCAAAUCAUCUCAAUCUGACCAGGUCCGGGUUUGACGUCACGUCUUUACCGAACAGUGACGACGAGCUGUGUCCUCGUGCCGUGGAGCCACAGCAGCCUCCUCCAGCAGGACGAGCUCCCGGUAAGUGCUUUUUAAAAGGUGUUUGGGGUCAUGUUUGUCUGAGAGCUGCACACUCGCUCCCUCUCUCUCCUCCUCUCCUUCUCUUCCCCCAUUUCCCCACUCCCUUCCUCUUCCUCCACAGCAUGUGUGUAAAUCUGUCUCUUUCAGAUGGUGCAGACGCUCGAGUCGUCUGCAGCAGAGGCAGCCCCGUCUGUUUGGACCACUCCUU